UGCCGUCUCUGCCUGGGCGGGGAAGAGGGCUCCCCCAGGGGCACCUAUUCUGCCAGUGUUGAAAGGAAAUCAGAAGUUGCUCAGACAGGCAAGCAGGGCUUCCCCGCAGGUGUCAGGUGAGCCAGCCCUAGGUCUCAGUGGGAGCAAGUCCCUGUGGUUAAUAAUGGCACAUCCCAGCUGUCGGAUCAUGGCAGUCCAAGGCUUUCUUCUGUUCUGGGCUGCUCUGCAUUUCAGCACCUGGGAUCUUUGUACACCAGUAGAUCCUGGGCCCAUUUCAGGAGCACCCCUGGUCUCAAACAGUUCAAUGAACAAAACAGGCAUGAUGAAUCUUACCUGCCAAAGCUUCCAAUGCUCUGGGGAGCGAUGUUACCAGGAUGAAGCUCACAGCAACGACACAGAGCCCUGCCACAACGCAACACACUGCGAGCUUUACCGGUUCAACAGCACCAGCUAUACAGCCCGGUGCAGCAGUGAGUGUGGGAGUGGCAACACCACCGAGAUGUGCGUGACCAACAGCAGCGUGAGCAUGAGCCUGUGCACGCUGGAGUGCUGCGCUUCGCCCAACUGCCUCAGCCUCAACGCCACAGCCUAUGGAGAUCUCCCACCCACCACCACACCGGCUCCCACGACAACCACCACAAAAGCACCCCCCAAAAAUGGGAAAAUGUGCACAUCCUUCACCUGCCACGGAGACGGCUGCUACAAGGGCCAGAAGGCUUCAGCCGGCUGCAUUGUGGGCUUUGACUACUGUGAGAUGAAGAAAACCGGGCCCCACUAUGUGGCAGGCUGCAGCAAGCUCUGCAAAACGGCUGGCAAACCCUGCACGGCUGGAUCUUCCGCACCCUGCUUCCAGGAAUGCUGCCCGGCUAUGCCCAAAACCAGCUGCCUCAAGUUGGAUGGCAAAGUGCACUUCAACCAGGCCAGGUCCCUGGCUCCGGCCCCUCUGCUUCAGCUCCUGACCGGGGCAGCGCUACUGGGUCUGAACUAUGCUCUGCUGUUCUCCUUGGGGUCCCACUGA